GAGACCUCACUAAAGAUAUCACGAGCGCCAGAAACCCGGCAAGGCAUUCUGCAGCAUUUCGCUAGAGCUCUAGCCUUCGCUAGGAUCAACAAAUAUGAUGACCCUGCUAGAUAUAUGGUCCCGGCCACGAUAGAGUCGUAAAGCUUCAGUGGGCAAAAGGUAGCAGAGGCCGGAGUCACGACCCGAGCCAAUGUCGGUAUCACGACUUAUCCGGAAAAUGACUUGGGGAAAAUCGAACCUUAAGUGAACUUUUUUUUUUUUUAUCGACUGGAACAGAGCUCAAACGGAAGUUGUUGGACUGAUUUUUAAAGGAAGUUCUUUGAGGAGACGAUAGAAAUUCCCGCCAUUGAAGCUGCUGAGCUCUUUGUAAAUGCUGAAUGCAUCACACCUCUGUAAAAGCCAUUGUCCGACAGCCCAAACCCUCCUCGCCCUUCUCGACAAAUGCAAAACAAUGGCAGAUCUGAAGCGGGUCCACUCCCUGCUCAUCACUUUGGGCCUCUCAGAGGAAGACACUUUUGCGUCGAGAGUGAUCUCCUUUUCUUCCCUCUCCGAUUCCGGCGACGUCGAUUACUCUCACCGUUUCUUGCUUAGCCUCCCGAACCCGGCAACCUUUUACUGGAACACGACCAUCAGAGGUUACUCGAAGAGCAGGAAUCCCAGCAGGUCUCUUUUGGUCUUUGUUCGGAUGCUGAGGGCCGAAGCUUCGCCCGACCAUCUGACUUACCCGUUCCUCGCGAAGGCCACCGCCCGGUUAUUGGACCGCAAGCACGGGGCCGCCGUCCACUGCCAGGUGGCUAGGUCGGGGCUCGAACCCGAUCGGUUCAUCGCCAACUCGCUGAUCCACAUGUACGCUUCCUGCGGGGACAUAGCGAGUGCGCGCAAGUUGUUCGACGGAAUUCCCAAGAGGAAUGUGGUCUCGUGGAAUGUAAUGUUGGAUGGGUACGCAAAGUGUGGAGAUAUGGGAUUGGCGCGGGCUCUGUUCGAAUCCAUGCCCGAGCGGGACGUUGUGUCGUGGAGCUCCCUGAUCGACAGGUACGUGAAAGCCAAGGAGUACAGUGAGGCGAUGGCCUUGUUCGAGAGGAUGCGGGCGGUGGGGCCCAGAGCAAAUGAUGUGACGAUGGUGAGCGUGCUGUCUGCCUGCGCCCACCUUGGUGCGAUCGAGAGAGGACGGCUCAUGCAUCAGUACUUAUCUGAGAAUCGCUUGCCCUUAACCUUGGCACUCCGGACUUCCCUCGUGGACAUGUACGCCAAGUGCGGGGCCAUUGAUGAGGCGAUGGCAGUUUUCCGUGGUGCCCGGGCGGAGCGGACGGAUGUGCUGCUCUGGAAUGCUAUGAUUGGAGGGCUUGCGACGCAUGGGCUGGUAGUUGAGUCGCUUGAUCUCUUCACAGAGAUGCUGAGGGUUGGGAUAGUUCCCGACGAGAUCACGUACUUGUGCCUCCUAAGCACGUGUGCCCACGGUGGAUUAGUGAGGGAAGCCUUUUAUUUCCUCGAAAGCCUUAAAAGGCACGGAAUGGAGCCGAAGAGCGAGCAUUACGCCUGCGUCAUUGAUGCACUAUCGCGAUCGGGGAGAAUCGAGGAGGCCUACCAGUUUCUCAGAAAAAUCCCUCUGGAGCUCACGGGCUCGAUGCUCGGUGCUCUACUCAAUGGUUGCUUGAACCAUGGGAGGCUCGAUAUUGCAGAGAUCGUGGGGAGGAGGCUCAUAGAGUUAGAGCCCGAUCAUGACGGGAGGUAUGUCGGGUUAUCAAACGCUUAUGCAUUGGUGAAGAGAUGGGAGGAGGCAAAGGUGAUGAGAGAAGAGAUGGAGAGGAGGGGAUUGAAGAAGUCAGCAGGGUUCAGUUGUGUCGAGUCGUGCGGUUCUGUUCACCGGUUCAUCGCGCAUGACAAGACGCAUCCGAGUUCGGAAGGGAUUUACAGGAUGUUGGAUCUUAUCCUAAGCCAAGUGAGACCAUCGUCUAAGGGUGAUAUGGAAGAUGAGGAGAGUCAUUUAUGUGAUAUUGCAGCUAACUGAUACUGAUUUCCACUGUCAAAAUUAAUUACCAUAGAAUGGAUGGAUAUACUCAACCAAAAUUUCACCUUACCAUA